AUGUACUUAAUCCACGAAACCGCAAGAGAUCACUGUUUUAGAAAAUAUCUUGGUGCUGAGUGGCAGCAGUCAGAAAUUCCUGGUGUGAAAGUGGAUGUUGAGCUCCCCCAAAUCAAAGAGGAGGAGCCAAAGCCCUGUCAACAGAAGCAACUUCCAAUCAAAAAGGAGGAAGAAGAGCUGCCAUGCGUUGAAGAGGAGGAGCAUAUCACCAGGUCGACUGGUGAGCCCUUGAAGAGUGAAGAUGGUCCAAGUGAGGCCGGCAGAGGGGCGGAGCCUCCAAGCGGCAGCAGCAGCAACUCAACAGAAGGAUUGCAAGCAGACAUUUUCAUCGCUCUGUCAGACAGAAAUGGGGCCACGUCACACUCAGCUUACAAUGAUGAUGGUCAUAAGACAUCUCAUGGUGACGACAAACUCUGCAAAUGCUCUCAGUGUGGGAAAACCUUUGCGACAAAGCAAACUUGCCGUAUGCACAUGAGGAGCCACACUGCUAAAAAGCCUUUUUCAUGCUCAGUUUGUGGUCAAAGACUCAGUUGCAAGAGCGUCUUGAAACUUCACAUGAGAACCCACACUGGCGAAAAACCUUUUUCCUGCUCAGUUUGUGGUCAAAGAUUCAAGUGCAAGGGCAACUUAAAAAAACACACAAGUACCCACUCUGGUGAAAAACCUUUUUCCUGCCCAGAUUGUGGAAAAAGAUUCACUCAAAAGAGAACCUUAAACACACACACUAGAACCCACACUGGCGAAAAUUGUGUUUCUUGCUCAAUUUGUGGAAAAAGUUUUGUUCAGGUGGGACACUUAAGAAAACACACAAGAAUCCACACUGGUGACAAACCAUUUUCCUGCUCCGUUUGUGGUAAAAAAUUCAGUGACAUGGGCUGCUUAAAACGACACACAAGAACCCACACUGAUGAAAAACCUUUUUCCUGUUCAGUUUGUGGUAAAAAAUUUAGUGACAUGGGCUACUUAAAACGACACACAAGAACCCACACUGACGAAAAACCUUUGUCCUGCUCAGUUUGUGGUCAUGGAUUCUCUAAUAAGCGAGACUUACAACGUCACGAAAGAACCCACACUGGUGAAAAACCUUUUUCCUGCUCGGUUUGUAAUCAAAGAUUCAUUGAAAAGGAAAGCUUAAAAAUCCACAUAAGAACCCACACUGGUGAAAAACCUUUUUCCUGCUCAGUUUGUGGUCAAAGAUUCAGGCAAAUGAUGACCUUAAAACAACACGCAAAAACCCACACUGGCGAAAAAUCUUUUUCCUGCUCAGAUUGUGGUCAAAAAUUCCUUCAAAAGUCCACCUUAACACAACACACAAGAACACACACUGGUGAAAAACCUUUUGCCUGCUCAGUUUGUGGUCAAAGAUUCAGUCAAAUGAGUGCCUUAAAAGUACACACAAGAACCCACACUGGCGAAAAACCUUUUUCCUGCUCAGUUUGUGGUCAAAGAUUCACUCACAAGGGAAGCUUAAAAAUCCACACAACAACCCACACUGGCGAAAAGUCUUUUUCCUGCUCCAUUUGUGGUCAAGCAUUCAGUUGCAAGAAAUCCGUAAAACGACACACAAGAAUCCACACUGGCGAAAAAUCUUUUUCCUGCUCCGUUUGUGGUCGAAGAUUUGCUCGGAAGGAAGGGAUAAAGAGACACGCGUGUGUUGGUGUGAUUGGUGUGAUAAGCAAAGGCCAAUGACUGUUUUGCCUGUCAUCCAUGCUGGCUUCAUCAGAUUUUGCACGCAGGACGAUUGUAUUCCGUAGAAUCCUGUUGAGGAUUGGCACUUUUGGUACCUUAUUUCGUCCAGUUGUUGUAUGAUGUACAUCCACCCUAUUGCCUAAACCUCAGCUGACUGAACUCUCUAUUCCAGCACAUGAUUUAGCUGGAUGGGCGGAGCUGUGCAACAGACCUGUGACGCAUUAGAAGCGCUCAUUAUUCAAAGACUCCUGUUUGUGCGAGUGUCAGACUUUUGCUUACUUUGUUUUACUUUACGUGUUCACGUUGUUUUUUGCCUUUUCUGGCCAUCGACGGGUUUCCCUUAGUUCUCUCGUCGACUAUGUUCGUGCCUCUUUUUGUUUGUAUUUUAUUUCACGUGUUCUGACGUGCUCCCUUGUUUUU